GGCGCGGAGGCGCUUGGGUGCUUUGAGGCCCGGGCCGGGACCGGAAGUGCGUGGGCUGCCGGGCUGGCUGUGUUUAGGGUUUUCAGGAAACAUGGAAGCGGUGGUGGUAGUUGGGGACUAAACCUCCUGGAGACGGUCUCCGGCUGCCCUAUGAGAGGAAAGGGGAGGAUGCCACUGGAAUCUUCUGGGACACCCCCAUUAUUCCCCUCCGUGCCUGACAGUGUUCCGGACUUCUCCCCUCCCCCGAUGUCUUACAUCACUUCCCAGGAGAUGAAGUGUGUUCUUCACUGGUUCACCAGCUGGUCAGGUCCUCAGCGCGAGCGCUUUCUGCAGGACUUGGUCGCCAAGGCAGUGCCUGGGAAGAUACAGCUGCUGCUGGAGGGUCUGGAGCAGCUCUGUGUGUCUGGAACAAACCGGCCGCCUUGUAUCUUUGAGUGCCAGCUACGGCUUUGGGAUCAGUGGUUUCGAGGCUGGGCCGAGGAGGAGCGCAAUGAAUUCAUACGGCAGCUGGAAGUCAGUGAGCCUGACUUCGUGGCCCAGUUUUACCAGGCAGUGGCUGCUACAGCCGGUAAGGACUGAGGGGCAUGAAAAUAACAGAUGACCGUUGCUGGUGGGACUGAGUUAACAUUUUACAGUCGGAACUUACAACGUGUCAUGUCCAAGUCUGGCGAAGGUCCCCACCUGACUGAACUUGCUGAGCGAGCUGGUGAUUUCAUUGUUAACAGGCUAUCGGCAAGACUCCUAGCAUAAACGUGUGCCACAAAAGCAAAUCCAGAUAAGCAGCCUGCCUGCCAGUGCUGCUGCUUUUCAAAGCUGUUGCCUCAAGAUUUCAGGAUGUCUGUUGCAACUAUAACCAAAAAGAAUCUAUACAUUGGGCCAGCACGAUAGUACAGCAGAUAGGGCAUUUGCUUUGUAUACAGCUGACCCGGGUUUGAUCCCCAGCAUCCUGUAUGUUCCCCCAAAAACUGCCAGGAGUAAUUUCUUACUGCAGAGCCCGGAGUAACCCCUGAGCACUACCGGGUGUGACCCAAAAAGCCAAAAACUAAAAGGAACCUACAUGUAACUCAAACCUGCUGCUGCCCACUGGGUAUAGUGUCCAUCUACUCAGGAAGUAGAAGUGAAGGGCAAUAAAAGUCUCUGGGAUGCUUACUAGGGGUGUUGGGAGGGGGGUGGGGGGACGGCAGCACUGCUCCCAGUAGUGCUUGGGGACCAUGUGGUGCUGGGGAUUAAAUCCAGAGUUGCCACUUAUAGACCAUACCUCCAGGGAAAAGCCAUGUUCCUAGCGGUUUCCCUGCAUCCAGGGGGCUGGUUUCAUCACCUGCCCGGAUUCUGUCCUAAUUAUGUAACAUCCAAACUCCUAGCUUUCCUAGUGAUGGAGUCUCCUAGGAUUAUGAAGACUCAAGAGAGGUAGCUACAGUGCUACUAACUUCAGCCACAUUGUGUUUCAAUCCGAAUAGCAAUGAUCCCCUCCCCAACCUCCCAAGCCUAUAUGGGUACCCUUGGAACAGGUAGCAGUUGUAGACUGUUCUGUAACUUUGCUUUAUACAAUAAGUAACAAUUUGUCUUAGGUUGAAGGGUUUUAUUAAUAAUUUUUUUAAAUUUUGUAUAAAAAUAAAGACUGAAUUUUUCAA